AGGAGGAGGAGGAGGAGGAGGAGGAGGAGCUGAGCGUCUACACAGGUACAAAGACACUGCCGCCCAUGUUCCUGUUCCAGCUCGGAUAUUUCACCAUCGAUGUCCUACGCCCUACCUAUGCCGCCGGCAGAGCCCACUACCACAUGUCAUGUCCCUCCCCGAGAACCCGAACCCCACGCGCGAUCUCGGUAAUGCCUAGGAAGGUACCCCGCUCUGCGUGGACGACGGCCAUUCGCACAAGCCAGCCGCGAGCCCGUGGACCGUGGUUAUCCCGAUUGGACGGGAAUGCUGCAGUAAUUUUGGACAUCACAAGUUCACAACGUGGGCACCGGGGCCGGGUCGAAUUGGAAGUGUACUACUGGUUAGCACAAGGGGGGCUUCGGGAUCGUCUAAAUACCGAUCACGAGCAUCUAGCGGCCCGGAGCAUCACAUGUUUUUAUACUCGGUUAGUUACUACCCAGUACCGUGCCGUACUUUGUCUGGGAGAAUCGAGAAUCGAGAAUCAAGAUGGCAGGGAGGGAGCUCUCGUCCACAGUGCCUACUCUCUACAUACAAAUUAUUUCUAUCACAAACCGCGACAGACAGGAUAUCUACGCGGACGGAGAAGGUGGAAGUUGCAACUUGCACCUUGCAACAUAGCACAGCAGCCAACGCUCAGUCAAAAGAUUCAAAACGGUGGGUAUAGUUGUGUAAUUAUAGUAUCCACAAUUCCGAGGAGAUGAGAUGGGACCUGGGUAACUUAUGCGGCCACAGGGAUUCGCUGACAGGCGGGUUAAUGGGUUGGUGGGUUGGCACUGGGGGUGGCCAGGGUAUAGAGUAAGGUAGGAGCAAGCAAGGUGUUGCGGUUCGAAUGUGGCAAGAUAUUCUCUUUCUCCC